AUGAUUAAGAAAUCUUCACUGAGGCGUAAAAAUUCAUUAAAAGAAUCAUUACAAGAACAAUGGGACAAAACCUCCAAAGUUAACGUAAAAGAACAAUUUUAUUCGAAGACGCCUGGUAAAUAUACCGAAGUACAAAAGGCUAAAUUUACAAAAUGGGUCAAUAUACAAUUACGUUCAUUAGAAGAAGCGAUAGCAGAAUUAACACCUGUGGUAACGAAAUCUUUUCUUUUUGAUAAACCGAAAAAAAGUAUACCACAAAUUAAAGCAAUAGACGAAGAUUUUCGAGAUGGAAAAAAGUUGAUAGAAUUGCUUGAAAUAUUAUAUGAAGAUGAUAAAGACUUGCCAAAACUCGAACGUGGUAAAACUCGACUUCAUUAUAUACAAAAUGUUAAUAAAGUAUUGGAAUUUUUACAAAAAAAAUUAGAUGAUGGUGGAUUGAUAGCAUUAAAAGCCAUCGGAUCCGUUGAUAUCGUUGAUGGGAAUAUUAAAUUAACCUUGGGUUUAAUUUGGCUAAUAAUAUCAAAAUUUAUUCAAAUGACUAGUAAUAUAUUUGAAGUUACUGAAGAGGAAUUAAAUCAAGUUGAAGAAGGAUUUAAAGAGGAUGUUGUUAAAGAAAGUGAAUUAACUUCAGAUGGUGAAAGAGAAAUAAAUAGUGCCGCUUUUGAAGAAUUUCGAUCUCAAUUUAGAAAAAAUUUUGUUAAAGAUUCAGGUAGUGAUGAAAAAAUAUUUGAUUUACCUUCUAUUAUUAACGAAGAACCCGAAGAAAUAAUUCAUGAAGAGGAUGAAUCAAUUGAGAUUCCUAUACGUGAUCGUAUUUUAUCAAAUAGUAAUAAUAGAUUAUCAUUACCUCCAAAUUAUUAUGACGGUAAAAAGGAAGGAAAGAAGUUUAAUCCUAAUUCCCCUGCCAGAUUUAGAACAUUACGUUUAAAUCCAUCAUCUCCAUCACCAAUGAGUUCAUCAUCGGGAUUAUUGUUUUGGAUUAAUAUGCAAUUGAUUGAUUACGCUUCAAUAUUACCUUCAACUUGUUACCCUAUUGAAGAUUUUACUGGAAUGAAUGAUGGGAUUAUGUUGGUAGCUUUAAUUCAUCAUUUAAAUAUGGAAUGGAUUGAUUUUGAUUCAUUAGUUAAUGAUGAUGAUAAAAGAGAAGAAACAAGUGAUCAAGAGUUUAGAAUAAAAGAAAGAUUAACAAAAUGUUUUGAUGUAUUAAACGAGAGAUUAAAUAUUAGACAACCAAAAGCAUUAGUUUCCAUGUUAAUUGAAAAGGAUUAUAGUGAUCAAGAAAGGUUAAAAAGAACUGGAUUAGCAUGGAGUGUUUAUAUUAGUGAAAUAUUUUUAUCUACUGCUCAUGCAAAAAAUAAACAAAAACAAGUUAGAAGGCAAAGUAGAUUAAGUUUACUUGAAGAAAAUGACGAAAUUACUGAAGUCAAGGAAGCAGAGGUCUCAUCCAAUAAUAAUAUCGAUAGUAGUAAUCAUAGGUAUAAUAGUAAGAAAUCAAGAGGAUGUCUUCCUUCCUUUGAAGAUGAUCGAACGUCACCAUCAAAUAGAGGUUCAAUGGCUACCUCAAAUUUACCUCCCUUACCUCCUUGGAGUCCUAAGGUUUCAUUAUUUUCUGCUGUAUGGGACUGGACACUUAGAAAUUCCUCAAGAAGGCAACAAAAUAAGUUGGAUAUUCAAAAUGCUGAUGAAUGGAAAUAUCGAAGAGACGAAUCGUUAGAUGAAGAUCCUCUUCAAUUAUUAGCGAAUACUCAUCAACCUGCCUUAUAUAUGUAUUGGUCCUGA